AUCACUGACUCAGCGCUUCCAGGUUACUGAUGAUAUAUUAAGGCUCCCAAGUCCUAAGAGAAUGUCGGUGAAGCUCUCAACAUCACAGCUUGAGCAAGUCUCAGGAGUGAGAGGACACAGACCAGGAACCGAGAAGGGACGAGGACAUGGAAGCCAGCCCAGCAUCCAGGCCCAGACCCCUGAUGGGUCCACGUACGUUCACUGAAAACUUUACCAAUAACCCUGAGGUCUUUGGACGGCACCAGACCUACUUGUGCUAUGAGGUGAAGUGCCAGGGUCCCGAUGGCACCAGGGACCUGAUGACUGAGCAGAGGGACUUUCUAUGCAAUCAGGCUAGGAAUCUUCUCAGUGGUUUUGAUGGCCGCCAUGCAGAGAGGUGCUUCCUGGACCGGGUUCCUUCUUGGCGGCUGGACCCGGCCCAGACCUACAGGGUCACCUGCUUCAUCUCCUGGAGCCCCUGCUUCAGCUGUGCCCGGGAGGUGGCUGAAUUCCUUCAAGAGAACCCACACGUGAACCUGCGCAUCUUCGCUGCCCGCAUCUAUGAUUGUCGCCCAAGAUAUGAGGAGGGGCUGCAAAUGCUGCAGAAUGCUGGGGCCCAAGUCUCCAUCAUGACCUCUGAGGAGUUCAGGCACUGCUGGGACACCUUUGUGGAUCACCAAGGACACCCCUUCCAGCCCUGGGAGGGACUAGAUGAGCACAGCCAAGCCCUGAGUAGGAGGCUGCAGGCCAUUCUCCAGGGAAACCGAUGGAUGAUCCUCAGUCUCUAAGGAAGGCAGAGACCUGGGCUGAGCAGCAGAAUAAAAGAUCUUCUUCCAAGAAAUGCAACCAGACUGUUCACCACCAUCUCCAGCUGAUCACAAAUGCCAGCAAAGCAAUGGGCUCCUCACAAGUAGAUUCUUUAAAGAAUCAGAGUGAAUUAGUUUUAAUUGAGGCAGGCUUUGUGGCCCACACCUGUAAUCCCAGCACUUUGGGAGGCCGAGGUAGGCGGAUCACAAGGUCAGGAGAUGGAGACCAUCCUGGCCAACAUGGUGAAAAAGACAAAAAUUAACUGGGCCUGGUGGCACCUGCCUGUAAUCCUAGCUAUUGGGAAGGCUGGCACUUGAACCCAGGAGGCGGAGAUUGCAGUGCACCGAGACCGCUCACUCCAGCUGGCAACAGAUCUAGACUCUGUCUCAAAAAAAAAAUAAAAAUUAAUUGAAAAUGUCUGUUAUGUUCCAAAUAUACAAUAGUAAGAUUAUGCUCAAUAUUCUUAGAAUUGUUUCAAUUAAUUAAUUAAUUCAAUUUAUCAAUGAAAUGAUUACUUUAAUUGGCUUCGUAUCUAGACUAAUAAAACAUUAAGAAUCUUCC